GCUACAAAAAAAUUCCUUCCCUCCCAACUUCUCCCGACCACCAUCAUAUUUUUGCUAUAUAAACCUACAUACUUCCUCCUUCCUCUCUUGAAUUCUGAAAGCUCUGAGAACACACAACUACCAAAAAGCCAGAAAUUCCAGCAACCAUGGCAACCAACGGAGCCCCAACCUCCACCGGUCCCAAGCCCGUCGUCACCGACGAGGUCCAGAAGGUCUUCAAAAGCUUCGACGCCAACGGCGAUGGCAAGAUCUCCGUCAACGAGCUCGGCAACGUCCUCAAGGCCCUCGGCUCCAACGUAUCCGGCGACGAGCUCAAGCGCGUCAUGGUCGAUCUCGACACCGACAACGAUGGCUUCAUUUGCCUCGACGAGUUCAACGCCUUCUGGGUCGCCGGCUCCAAGGACGGCGGCGCCGCUGAGCUCAAGGACGCCUUCGAUCUCUACGACCAGGACCGCAACGGCCUCAUCUCCACCAACGAACUCCACCUGGUGCUCAGCCGCCUCAACAUGGCCUGCACGGUCGAGGAUUGCAACCGGAUGAUCAAGUCCGUCGAUACCGACGGCGACGGGAAUGUGAAUUUCGAGGAGUUUAAGAAGAUGAUGGGACACAGCGUCUCCACCAACUGAACCACCGCUAACGCCGCCGUCUAGUGCCGCCACAACGUAGUCGUCUCUCUCAAUCUAGAAGCUGAUUUUAAAUCCGAACUCCAUCCCUUGAAAGUUGACAAAGUUAGGGCUUAACUUUUGAAAUAUAGGGAAAUAAUAUACGUGUAGAUUAGAUCAUCAACUGGAUGUGGAUAUCGAAAAAUGGGAUCUGAUCUCAUCCUUCUCUUUAAUAUGUGUAGUUUUUGUGAUUAUAUUGUGGUUAAUUUGCUCGAAAUCGCAUCACAUUUCCCUCUAUUUUCUGUUUGUUUCUCGAGAAAAUCCUCUCUCGCUUGGACCCUUUUGGUUGAAUGAAUGUUAUUGCGCUAUUAAUUUC